GCAUCAGGAACCCUCUAUUCUUUUCUGGUAUAGGCAAGGGGCAGCUUUCUUUUUUGUUAGUUGUCUGUUAUUAAUGCUAGACUUGUUUUUCAUGUUAUAUAAAUUAUCAGUUUUAUGUAAUUGUCAUUUUGCUUGCAUUGAGUUGAGAAUUGAAAUGAGGUGAGGAUAAUGAGAGAUUUUGAAUAAUGUAUGAGGUGCUGUGAUGAUUUUGCUUGUUCCUGAGUUGAUCAUAAAUAACGAGUGAUUGAUUCUGGCUAAAAUAUGGAGUUCUAUUUUUUUUCCGGAAGGGAAUGUGAAGAAUAAACUGGCUAGAGUAAAAAUUAUGGUCAAUUUUGUUUUUUAUGUUGGGUUCUUGAAAGUUGUAAACGAAUGCAAAGAAGAUUAGAGUUGGAUGAGAAAACUAAUUGAGCUAGAGUAAACUAAUUAGUUUGAUGAUUUCUAUGACAAGAAAGAAAUAACACAGUGUAAACUAUAUGACAUGACAAGUCUAUACUUGUUGUAAAGAGGUUGAAGAAAAACUGAGAAACAUUUGUAGAUUGAUGGGAUUAAAUUUGUGUAAUCAAACUAAAGAAUGUAUUAUUGCACAUACAGUAAUUGUUGGCAGAUGUGGUUUGUAUUCUGUUUGGCUAUUGCAUCAUUUUAACACUUCCAGAUUGAAGUCAUGUCAACAGGAGAAAUUAAAUUUAAAUGUUUACAAGGCAAUAGCCCCAUUGUAAAUGUGAGUGAUUGACGUUCAAUCUGUUUAUAAGAAUGUUUUUGUUUUCUUGAAAGUUUCUCACUAUAGGGUUGAUGGUACAGGGGUGUAAGAGUUUGCGAUUAUAUUUGUUAUUAUUGUUUUUUGUUAUAUUUUGUAUGGAAGUUGCUUCAUUAUAGUAUAUUUUUGGGUGUACAGUAUUACAAAAUUAUGCCUUGUCUAUAUGAAAUCUGCCUGGCUGUUUAUAUACAGUGAACCGGGGCUAGCAAUCUCGGGUAAUGAGUUGUUUGGUUCUGGUUGUAUACUUGGUCCUGUUUUUUGGUCAACCGGAACCUCCUGUUUUUGGGUUAACUGGGACCCGAAACAGGUUAAAAAUUUCAAUCUGGAGCCGACCUGUUCAUAAUGACCUGAGCCAAUGUAGAAUCUGAAUCUGGUUCAAACUUGAAACAUUGUAUGGAUAAAACGAGAUAAAAUGAGACAGUGAGUUGCUAAUUGUGUUUGUAAGUGUCUCAAUGGUGAUUGAGUUUUGAACAUGCAGAAAGACGGAAAUGCAGAUUCUGCUGCAAAUUCUACUAAACAGGAGGGCAUCCCCCCACGCAUGUUUAAAGCAGUGAUUGCUUCAAGCCACCCUGAAUUCUCUACUAUGAGACAACAAGAUGCAUUUGAGUUCUUCCUACAUUUCAUUGACCAAGUUGAAGUACUAAAUGCUGGCAACCCUCAAUUGGAUCCUUCAAGGUGCUUCAAAUUUGGUAUUGAAGAGAGACUUCAAUGUCCAUCUGGGAAGGUUGCUUACAAUAGCAGACAAGACUGUAUUCUCUCUCUCAAUAUUCCACUGGACAGAGCCAUCAACAGAAGCAGAGUACAGACUAAUUGGACUGGUGAGCCCCAUUGGUACUUCUACCCAUUGUGCCCAUUAUGUUGCUCACACUUACAAAGACGGAAGGUGGGAGAGGUGAUAUAUAACGAUGCAAAAGUUGGGGCUUCCAAAGAUCCUCCAAAAGACAUGGGGUACUUGUAUUUUUAUGAGAGAAUUGUUUCUUAGAUUUUGAAAGGUAGAAAGUAAAAAGGGAAAUCCUUAGCUCAACAGUUCACAAAGAAGCGAGUUUGCGUAACAACUGUGUUUACUAAAAUCAUUUGCAAAAGCGUCUUGUACUGUCCACAUUCACAAAGAAACAUGAUAUGAUGUUAAUAGUGAUGUGGAUGUGAAAAAUUUCUCUGGCUCCAGCUAAUACAGCUUCAUAUCCACCAUUUCUUGUGAAAAUUCUGUUUCACCAAAGACCUCGUGCAAUAAUUUCUCCGUAAAGCUGAUUAGUUUCUGGUUUAGCACUGUAGAGAUAUUUAUUCAAUCAAAUAGAUAGACCAAUAAUUUGAUCAAGAGAGAAUAUUGAACACACAUUUGGGACGUAAUCUGUUGGGUUAUCUCACAUGAAACACUUGAA